AUGCCAACAAUCUACCGUUCUCCAUAUCCAGAUAUCGAUAUCAAAUCAGUUGAUUUGGUCUCCUAUCUGUUCUCAAAUCCUCUCAACACACCCUUGGAUCGCCCUUUGUACAUCGACGCCAUCUCAGGAGAGCAAUAUACGUUCGGUGAUGUCAUUCAACGAACAUGCUCUCUGUCCAACGGGCUUCGGCAAAGUAUAGGUGUUAAGCCGAACGAUGUCGUGGCCUUGUUAAGUCCCAACACAAUCGAUUACCCCGUGGUAUGCCAUGCAAUUAUUGGUUCCAGAGCUAUCGUUGCUCCGACCAGUGCAGCGUUGACAGCAAUCGAGCUUAACGCUCAGCUCAAGACCAGCGGGGCCAGAUUCAUCAUUGUCCAUUCAUCUUUACUCGAGACUGCCCAAAAAGCAGCAAAGGGGACUUCCGUCGAGAAAAUUGUCUUGAUCGAUGGCCAAACCCAAAAUGGUCAACCCACAUGCAAUCAUCUAGCCAGCACAUUUGCCCCUGGCGAUUUCCUCGCUAUAGAUCCGGCCGAGGCAGAUCGUCAACCCACAUUCAUCUGCUUUUCAUCUGGAACAUCAGGCGCAGCCAAAGGCGUAAUCACAACACACCAGAACAUCACCUCAAAUCUCCAGCAAUGGCGUCACAACCUAGAGUCUGGUCUCCCCUCCCAGCGUCCAGCAAGAAAAUCCGCCAUUGCCUUCCUGCCAUUCAGCCAUAUCUACGGUCUCAACCUGUUCAUCUGCCAAUGUCUAGCUUGGGGCACGACAGUAGUAAUCAUGCCCAAGUUCGAUCUCGAGCUGUACCUCAAUUGCAUCCAGAAAUACCGACCAGACGAACUGGCUUUGGUGCCGCCCAUUGCUCUGAUGCUGGUCAAAGACCCACGGGUCUCAAAGUACGAUCUAAGUAGUGUGCGCAAGAUCAUGUCUGCUGCUGCACCUCUUACAAUCGAAUUAGCGUCUGCCCUCGAAGCAAAGCUCUCGGCCAUUGCCAAGACACAGGUAUUCUGUACCCAGUCAUGGGGUCUGACAGAGACAUCCCCAAUGGCGACUACCAUCCCCAAUGACCGCAUGGAUAAGCGAAAUACAGGGGUGGGUUGUCUUGUACCCAAUAUGCAGCUCCGCUUUGUAGAUCCCGAGUCUAUGAAAGAUGCAGCUGUCAAGUCUGACGGGUCUACGGAGCCUGCGGAGAUCUGGUGUCGUGGUCCGAACGUUGUGAGCGGGUAUUACAACAAUGACAAAGCGACGAAAGAGUCAUACCACGUGGAUGAGGAUGGAAUGAGGUGGUUCCGCACCGGCGAUAUUGGAACCAUCGAUCGAGAUGGUUAUGUCGCUAUCCUAGAUCGUAUCAAGGAAAUGAUCAAGUAUAAGGGGCUGCAGGUUAUUCCUAGCGAGUUGGAGGGAAAGUUGGUUGACCACCCUGAUGUGGAGGAUGCAGCUGUGACUGGAAUCUGGGUGGAAGAGAAGGCCACUGAGCUGCCGGUUGCCUUUGUGGUUUUGAGUCGCCAAGCUAAGGAUAGGGAUCAGAAGGCUGUUGUGGAUGGGAUCCAUGCGUGGCUGAAUGAGCGCGUUUCCAACCACAAGCGUCUGCGUGGUGGCAUUCAGGUCUUGUCGCAAAUUCCCAAAUCGCCGAGUGGGAAGAUUCUGCGUAGACAGCUAAGGGAUUUGUUGAAGAGUCAAGUGCCUAAAGCUCGUCUGUGA